UGGCAACGAAAAUAUCAGCUGUGGUAAAUACUUUUUUGUUUACGGGUAAAAGCUGCAGCCAUAGCAAGGGGAAUUCUGCUAAUUUAAUCAAAUAGACGCAAGCACAAAUUAUGAAUAAACAAUCGAACUAACGAGAGAGACGCAACACAAACGACAGAAAUAUGCGCGAGCCCAAUUUGUACGUAAUUUUAUCACACGCGCUAAUUGGCUCGGGUUUCUUUUUUCUGUAUGUGCACCAUGUGCGCGUUAUCUUCGAGGCGCGCACCAACAUACGGCAUCUCAAUCAAUUGGAGCGCGAAUCGCUGCUGCGCCGCGAAGAUGCCCUCUACUACACAUUCUACAAGAAGCUAGCCGAUGGCCCAGACUUCUGGCAUGGCUACGACCAGCUGAAGAAUGUCACAGACAUUGAGUAUCCGCACAGCGUCAAUGUGCUCCAGCGUUUCUAUGUGCUUCCCGAGCUGGUUACAGCCUACAUCUUCCAUAUUGUGCGCGCCGGCUUCAAUCCCAGCCUGCAGCCCAUGGAGUUCUACCUGGAGUUCGUUUGGCUAAUGGGCGGCCUCACACUGCUAGUGCUCUACUUGUACGGGACGCUGCUCAGCGAGAAUGUCUUUGGUGGCAUCUAUGGCGUCAUCUCAUAUUUGAUGUUCCACAGCUUUGCUGGCAAAAUCUAUGAACGGCCACUGGCACGUGAAAAUUUUGCAUUUCCCUUUAUAUUCCUGCAAAUGUUUUAUUUGUGCAUUUGCAUCAGCCGGCUGCUGCACCGGCAGAAGCACACCUCACGCGUCUUUAUGGUCGGCUCGAUGUCUGUGUUUACGGCCUGUGCCCUGCUCUCGUGGCCGUUCUCCAACUAUAUAUUCACCACACAGAUAUUAAUAGUGAUGUCCUCGUGGAAUAUUUGCUCGAUACCUGUGGGGCUGACCUUCGCCCUGGACUAUUCGCUCUCGCAUCUGCUGGGCAACGCCCUGGCCUUUCUGAUCUCACACGGCAACACGCAGUUGCUCUUCACCUGGCAACUGAGCCUGGCCCUCAGCAUGUUCAUGAUUACGCUCUUCCGGCAAUUUCGCAACCGCCGUCCAUCUAGCAAUGGGCAGCAAGGCGAUUACUUUUCGUUGAAGUUUCUGCUGCUGGCGCCGCUGUUCGCGAACAGCAUGCAGGGCAAACUUGUGGACAUGCUGAACAGGUCGGGGCUGCUCAAUUGGCAGGAGAACACCUACGUGCACUACUGCGACAUGUGGGCAUACUGGGUGCUGCAGACGAAGGUGAGCUUUGUGACCAAUCUGUCUGCCUGCAAUCCGCUCUAUGAGCGCGUCGCCUUGUCGGAGCUGUGGCAGUUGGUCAAGACGCUGAUCGUGAAGCCCUACUGCAUGUACGGCGUCGUCAUGCUAGCCACAUUCUUCCGCAAGUGGCGCAAGAGCAACAUCAUCACAAAGGCCAAUCAGGAGCAACGGGAGCGCGCUCGCAACUAUGUGCUGGAGGACUUCCUCGAGGAGCACCACGUAUCCAUGAGCGAUAUGUCCAACAAGCAAACCGAACAGCAGCUCCAGCAAUGCUUCGCCAUGCUCGAGAGCUGCGACCACGACUACGAGCGCUACAAGCGGGAAAAGGCCAAAAUGCAGCAAGAGCAGCCACCGGAGCGUGAUGACUUCAUGCAGGACAUCAAGCGGCUCAAGGCGCAGAUACAUCGCAACAGUGACAAGCAACGCAAGGAGCGCGAACAGGCCAGCGAAUCGAAUGCCAGAGAGCCGGCGACCGCUGAAACUCCCGCCCAAGCAAAGACAGAAACGGAAACAGAUUCAGAAACUAAAACCCAAAUAGAACCUGAAACUAAAACUAAAACUGAAACAGAAAGUGAAACUAAAACUGACACUGAAACUGAAACUGGAGUGCCGCCGACAGCGACAACAAGUGAACCUGAGGAAACAUUACCGUCCAAAGCCAAGGAGCCCAAAGAGCCAGCCAACGGAAGACGCCGUCCGGCAGCGCGUCGCGACUCUGUCGUGCCCACAAUCAACACUCAGAUAUUGAACUUGCAUUACUUGUACAGCUUCAUCCAGAUGCUAAUCUUCACGCUGGUCGGCCUGGCCGUGCGCAAGCUCUUCUUUCUCAGCUUCACGCAGGGCUGUGUGAUAGCGCCGACGGUCUGUUCCAAGAUCUGGUAUCAUCGUCAGCGCAACGUCUUCUGGUCCGUCUCGCUGGCCGUCUUCCUGCUCAGCAUGUUCGAUCCCGGCAUGGUGAAUAUACGCGAGGAGUACUUUCCCACACGCUACAACCAGCCAACGGAUGACCUGGAGGGCAUGCUCGAGUGGAUCAAAUUGAAUACGGAACGCGAUGCCGUCUUCGCCGGACCCAUCGAGAUAAUUGGCACCGUGCACUUGACAACCAGACGGCCGAUCGUCAAUCAUGCACACCUCGAAAUGCGUCAAAUGGCUGAGCGGACGGAGCACGUCUACUCGGUGUACAGUCGCCAGCAGUCGUCUGAUAUCUACAAUCAGUAUACACAGCUGAAAAUACAAUACUUGAUCAUAUCGCUACACGAGUGCACCAACGAAGUGCACGAUGACUGCGACAUCUUGUCCAUGUGGGAUGAUAAGCAGCCAGCGUUUCGAAAGUAUCCGCAAUUUUGUCACGAGCUUCUGAACAAGAAUGUGCCUAGUUUUCUAAGGGUAUACACCAACGAUAACUACGGCAUCAUCAAGAUGUUCUCCCAAAGUGUGCAGAUCAAUUUGAAGCACAACAAAAUGCCCGAAAUGUCCAUGUGAGAUGGACAACAACAACAACAACAACCCACCCCCUUGGGUGGGGCUCAAGGCAAAUGUGACUAGAAUAUUUUAUGAAAAUUGACGACGAUGAUAAUGAUAAUGAUAAUGAUGAUGAUGAUGAUGAUGUAUUAGUGUUUAUUAGUGGGCGAGUGAGCGUACACAGACCCCAUAAUUGAGAUGUUGACACCAAAUAGCAGCUACAACUAAACAGAUUCUAUAAAAUAUAAAUAUGGAAUAUAAGUAUAUAUACAUAUAUAUAUGUAUAUAUGUGCAUAUAUAUCUGAUAAGCAGAAUGUAAUUACCUAACACGUUGCAUUUGCAUUUGGCAGACGUACGAAUUUUGUUCAGUUUGGAUUUGUUUUGAUUUGGAAUGCAUUCCCACUUCACAUUAUAUGAUAUGAUAUGUGUACGGUUUAAGUUAAGUUUAGCUACGGAUUCGACAGCAAAUACUUUGGCGAGUGUAGCGCUCUAGGCUCGGCUACACUCAUUUUCGUUAAGUGCGUUUAAGUUUAAGCUAAGCUUUUUACAUAUUACGAUUAAUCAAUGCUAACGCGAACUGGGCAUCCCAUGGAGCCCAGCCACAUGGUUGUCCCCCCUUCAUAUAUGUAUAUGUAUGCAUUUUUUGUCCCAGAUAAGAUGAUGUAAAUGAUGACCUCCCAGAGUAUAAAUUACUUAAAUGAAGUUGAACAAACAAUCAAAAAAAUAAAAAUAAAUAAAAAUAA